AUGUCUCCUCAACUUGAGACAGUUCCUUCUCUUACUGAAUCAACAUAUGACCUUUCCUUACAGAGAGUAUCGCACUAUGAAACGAAUACCCAAGAGUCUCUAGGCGGGAAAAUCGAGAAUGUGUCGGUUGCUCUACCUCCAGUUACGCUGCCAGAUCAAAAGGGCUCUGAAAUGACACGCGAACUCCGGUACAAACAUGCUUCGACUUACAGAAAGAUCUUCGCGUUCAUUUUCAUCUCCAACUUGGCGGUGUUAAUUGCCCUUCUUGUUACCUCCACAUGGGCCAUCCUGUCAAGAGAUGCCGCCAGUGCAGCUUCCGCAAACCUCAUGGUAUGCAUCCUGUUUCGACAAGAAGAAUUUGUGAAUCUUUGCUACGAAAUCGUCGUGCUGGCUCCUCAUUCGUGGCCGCUCUCGAUUCGAAAACGCCUGGCCAAAGUCUUCCACUACGGUGGUGUCCAUAGUGGCGCUGGAGUUGCUGCUACUGUAUGGUAUAUGGCCUAUACGAUCCUGGCCACUCAAGAAUGGGCUGCAGACAGGAAAAAAUACAGACUUGUCAACAUGAUCACCAGUUGGAUCGUGGUUGCCAUGUUCCUCGUCAUUCUCAUCGCAGCUUAUCCCAGCAUUCGAAGAAAGUUCCACGACCACUUCGAGGCUUUCCAUCGAUUCGCUGGUUGGGUAUCCUUGCUCGCCUUCUGGGUACACAACAUUGUGUCGGCUUGUGUUACAGCACACGAGUGGAACAAGUCCAUAGCCUAUGCCCUUGUGCGAUCUCCCAACUUCUGGUGUAUAUGUGUUACGACCUCAUGCACGAUCGCAUCCUGGUCCCGAUUACGCCGCCGAGUUGUAUACCCCGAGAAGUUGAGCGACCAUGCGACUCGACUUCACUUCAAGUAUCGGGGAAUGAAACCAUUCUAUGGUCUAAAAAUCAGCGAUAAGCCCAUGACAGAAUGGCAUGCAUUUGCUACUAUUCCAGAUAUCGAGCCAGAGUCUGGCAAAGUCGAAGGCUUCAGUGUUGUUGUUUCUAAUGCUGGAGACUUUACAAAGAAGCAGAUCAUGAAUGACAGCGAGCGAAAGCUCUGGGUUCGCGGGGCGCCUCUUCAUGGGCUUCUCUAUACAUCAAAGCUCUUUCGUCGAAUCGUCAUUGUUGCUACUGGAUCUGGUAUCGGGCCUUGCCUUUCUCUUCUCCACGCCGACGAGACCCCUCGCCGUGUCCUUUGGUCUACUCGCGAUCCUGAGAAGACAUACGGACCAACUGUGGUCGGUGCAGUCCAACGAGCUGAUCCAAACGCAGUUAUCUGGAAUACCACUGAGCGAGGUUACCCGGAUAUUGUCCGUGAGACUUACCAACUUGUGGUGGAGUCUGAUGCAGAAGCCGUUUAUAUCAUCUCGAACCCCAAAGUUACGGAGAAGGUUGUCUUUGGUAUGCAAACACGGGGUGUCCCAGCAUAUGGAGCUAUCUUUGACUCUUAG